AUGAACGACGACAACGAUCGUACACCAGAGGCAUCGUCGGAAGAAUCUGAUUCGGAGUUUGAAGAAGGCGGUGACAGUGUGAAUUAUAGUGCGAAUUUUGUCACAGACACGUUUUUUCCAACGUUUGAUGAUGCAGUUAAAUGGGCGGAUGUUGUUGCCAUAAAUCUGGGAUUUAUUUUGGUCAAAUCGUCUUACAACAAAACCAGAGAUGGUCGACCGUAUCGAUAUUUGAGAUGUGAUCGGGGACGUAGGAGCAAGCCGAGAGAUCUUGAGAACGCAAUUCGGAAGGACACAAAAACCAAAGCCAAUGGUUGUCCUUUCUACAUCAAGAUAUAUUACGAGUUCAUCACCGAUAGUUGGAAGAUUCGGGCAAAAAAUGAUGCAACUGGGACCCAUAACCAUCCAAUGAUUGUGUAUCAGGAGGGGCAUCGUAAAAUUAGUGGGUUGAGCCCGGAUGCGAAGAAGGUUGUGCGUGACAUGACGAAGUCUAAGGUUGCACCGCGUAACAUCAUGGCGACUAUUGCAGAGCAAUUUCCUGAUGAUCAUCCAAACAUCAGACACAUCUACAACUGCUGGAAUGACUUGAGAACGGAGAUGUCUGAUGGGAGAGGAGUUAUUCAGCAAUUUCUACAUUUGGCGAGACAGAGUCAGUAUCUUUACUGGGUCAUGUCUGAUGAUCUAGGCGUUUUACAACAUGCCUUUAUGGUGCACCCAGUCACGGUAGACAUACUACAGACGUACCCAGGCCACAUGUGA